UUGGUGGAUCGCUCACAGUUGCACAUUACAACUCUCAUGGUUGCCAAGGUGGAGUGAAAUGUGGGCUCUGGUUGCCCAGUUGAGAUUUACCAUGGUAUACCCAGCCAUAGUCACACAGCACAGAAACAGGCCCUUCGGCCCAACUUGACCAUGCCGACCAACAUGCCCCAUCUUCACCAGUCACACCAGCCCCCGUUUGGGCCAUAUCCCUCCAAACCCUUCCUAUCCAUGUACCUGUCCAAAUGUUUUUUAAACAUUGCGAUAGUACCUGUCUCAACUACCUCCUCCAUAUGCCCACCACCCUCUGUGUGAAAAAACUUGCCUCUCAGGUUCCUACUAAAUCUUUCCGCUCUCAUCUUAAGCCUAUUUCCUCCAGUUCUUGAUUCCCCUACCCUGUUAAAAGACUUCAUGCAUUCACCUUAUUAAUAUCCCUCGUGAUCUUAUACACCUCCAUAAGUUCUUCCCUCAUCCUCCUGCGCUCCAAGAAAUAAAGUCCUAGCCUGCCCAACCUCUCCCUAUAGCUCAGGCCCUCAAGUCCAGGCAACACCCUCGUAAAUCUUCUCUGCACCCUUUCCACCUUCACCACUUCCCUCCUAUAGUAAUGUGACCAAAACUGAACACAAUUAAUGCAGCCUCACCAACAAGAAAGUUAUAGGUGCCAAACUGUUGUUGACUUCUAGAAGGUCGUUGGCUACUCCGUGAUUGUCUGCAACAUGCAGUGAACUGGAAAGAUCUGGUUACCAGCUGGCAUUCAUCACAAUACACCCAAAUAACAGCCUACUUUAGUUUAGAGAUACAGCGCAGAAAUAGGCCCUUCGGCCCGCCGAGUCCGCGCCGAUCAGCGAUCACCCCGUGCACGAGCACUAUCCUACACACUAGGGACAAUUUACAAUUUUACCAAGCCGAUUAACCUCCAAAGCUGCAGGUCUUUCGAGUGUGGGAGGAAACCGGAACACCCGGAGAAAACCCACACGCAGGUCACGGGGGGGAUCGUACAAACUCUGUACAGACAGCACCCGUCACCAGGAUCGAAGUCCCACACCACCAGGUUCAGGAACAGCUACUUUCCUGCAACCAUUAGGUUCUUGAACCGAUCCGCACGACCCUAAUCCUACCUCGACAACGGAACACUACGGACCACCUCUUGCAUUACCGUGGACUACAGCACAGAAACAGGCCCUUCAGCCCUAAUUGCUCAUGCCACCUUUCCUAUCCAUGUGCCUGAUGAGAGGGACAAGAUAUACUACUAACAUGAGGGGCAACAUCUUCUUGCAGAAGGUGGUGGAUGUAUGGAACGGGCUGCCAGAGGAGGUGGUUGAGGCAGGUACAAAAACAUUUAAAAGACACUUGGACAGAAACAUGAAUAGGAAAGAUUUAGAGGGAUAAGGGCAAAACGUAGACAAAUGGGAUUAGCUUAGAUGGGGCAUCUUGGCUGUCAUGGGCAAAUUGGACCAUAGGGUAUGUUACUUCUAUGACUAAGGGUCCUGACCGAAAACGUCACCGUUGUACUCCAGAUAUGCUGCCUGACUUGCUGAGUUACUCCAGCACUCUUUGUCUUAUUUUGUGAACCAGCUUCUGCACUUACAAUGUAGAAAUAGGGAACUGCAGAUUACAUAAAAUAAAUCAGCAAUAUCUUGUUCCUACAUCUUGAUUGGAAUUGACUUGAAUUGACUUGAAUUGACUUGAAUUGACUUGUGUUGACUUGUGUUGACUUGUGUUGACUUACACUGUAAGUUGACUUGACAUUGGACAUUGAGCAGGUCACCCAUGGCCAUGUUCCCAUUAGUUGCUAGGAUCUGGUUACCUGGUGAUGGUUACCUUGGACCACUUUCUGUAAACACAGGUUAUAAUUCACUUCCUGUAAGGGCCAGACAGAGAGAGACGGGAGAGAGAGACAGACAGAGAGAGAGAGAGAAGAAUGAAGGGCAGGUUCCUCCAUGUGGGGCGCUCCCUCAUUGCUCUGGGGAUUAUCUGCAUCUUCCUGGGAAUCGGCAGCUUUUUCCCGGCCUUUUCCUACAAACCCUGGUUUGCUGACUGGAGCGUACGGAUUGCCUGUCCCAUCUGGAACGGAGUCACGACUUUGAUUGUGGGUGUGCUGAUUGUGUUGGCAGAGAAGGAAUACAAUUCACGAUCUCUGCCCGGCGCUGGCCUGACCUUUGGCCUGGUGACCCUGGUGACGUCGUGCCUGCAGUUUGCUGUUGCUCUGGCUGCCAUGCUGAUCGGCCCACUGUGCUACUUUGCCCAGGAGGGGGUGUCAGGCCAGGGGUACCUGGGCUAUGCCGUGAGCUUCCCCUACCCCUACCGCCUGCCCCCGCUCUGCCUCGACCCUCCGCUCCUCGAGUUCUACCACCUCGGCCAACACCUCCUGGCCAUGGCCCUGGCCCUGGUCAUCUUCGCCCUGGCCCUCGCCCACUGCAUCCGCCUCGCGUACAGGUUCAACGCCACAGGAACCCUCCGUGGUCACCACUGGAGCUGGUAGGAUCGGCCUCCUGCCCUCCCGGCCUCUGGACUGCUGACUGGCUGGGAGUGACCAGAGGAACACCGCGUAACCAGGGGCAACGUCCUGGUGGGGUCCAGCGAGUGGCGUCAUUGUGUCACCCCCCCUCCCUCCAUUCCUCACUCCCUCACUCCCACCAUCCCUCCCUCCAUUCCCACCCCUCCGUCCAUCCAUCCCACCCUUCCUCCCUCUUUCUCCAACCCUUCCUCCCUCUAUCCCCACCCCUCCCACCAUCCCCACCCCUACCUCCUUCCCUCCCUCCUCCAUCCUUACCCUUGUCUCCCUCCCUUCCUCCGGCCAUCUGCACCCCUCCCCUUGUCCACACACUCUCUCU